AUGUCGACGAGUGCAGCUCCGGGCGGCACCCAUGUCACAACUCCACUGUCUGCGUCAACACCGUGGGCUCAUAUAGGUGCCGCUGCCACCCAGGGUGGACACCCCUGCCGGGGCUCCGGGACAACCAGAACACCACCGUGUGCGAAGAGGUGUCCUUCCCCAUCUGGACUCCGCCCCCAGGAAUCCAGAGCCAGCAUCUCUCCCACUUCUUUGAAAGAAUCCGGGAUCUGCACAGACGCUUCCAGUCAGCCUCGGCCCAGGACACCUUCAAGGAUCUCAUGCAUGAAGUGGAUCAUCUGCUGGAGACCCCAGGGGACCUGGAGACCCUGCCCCGCUCAGAGCAGCACUGUGUGGCCGCUAACCUGCUCUUUGGCCUGGAGGAUGUCCUGAGAGGGCUGAGCAAGGCCCUGUCCAAUGGGUCAUUGACCUUCAAUUCACCUGCAGGCACAGAGCUGACCCUGGAGGUGCUGGAGCAGGGAGACAGGAGUAUCUCCUUGAGUCAGAAUAGGGCAAAGAUGCUGCUGAACUGGGAGACGGUGCAGGGAUCUGCUGACUCAGGCCCUUCUGUGGUGGGCCUUGUCUCCACCCCAGGGAUGGGAAAGCUGCUGGCUGAGGCGCCCCUGGUCCUGGACCCUGAGAAGUGGGAAGUUGUAUGGGAGACACACAAGGACUUGCUGCAGGAAGUCACCCAUGUCCUGCUCUCAGAUGUCAUCACUGCCUUUUUGAGCAACAGGGACACUCAGAACCUCAGCUCCCCAGUCACCUUCAUCUUUAACCAUUCAGUGACCCCUCGGCCAAGGAAGAAGGUGCUCUGCGUCUUCUGGGAGCACAGCGGGAAUGGAAGUGGUCAUUGGGCCACCACAGGCUGCAUGAUGGUGGGCAACAGAGACACCAGCACCACCUGCCGGUGUACCCACCUCAGCAGCUUUGCCGUCCUCAUGGCCCACUACAAUUUGCAG